AUGUAUAGCAGACAAAAUCAAAAUCAAGGCGAAGCGAGACUCGGUAAGUGCAGCCGAGAAUUAGAUUAGUCACGUUUUUUUUUUUUUUUUAUCUCAAUGAUAAACAUUAUUAUGUAAGUAUAUAUAGUUUAUCACUAAUGUAUAAAUUCCAUAAAACUAUAUAGGUACCUAAUAUACUCGAAGGAAACGAAUGUAGGCAUGUUGUUUAUGUAUUAUUAAAUUAUGUAUAUUAAUCAUCAUUUAUCUAUUGUAUUUACUGUCUAGUAACAGAUUCUGAGAAAUUUGAUAGGUUCUACGGUUUUUCAUUAUUAUUUUGUGCACAACUGAAUGCACGAUUUUUUAUUCUGGUGAUUCACUAAAUUAUAAUUUGUUACCUAGUGUAUAAUAUAAAAAGGAAACGUCUGGGUUCUAUGCUAGGUGUAGGUAUAUAUUUAUAAAAAAAUAAAUAAAUCGUGUUUCAUUUCAAACUGCUAUUUUUAUAACGUAACAGUUUGUUUAAACGUUGACACAUUUCGGUUGUCUGGACCGCGUAACGAAUACUAUUAAAAAUAGAAACUGAACUAACAUUUACAUAAGGAUAUUUCACCUUCACAAUAAUAAUUGUUAUUUUUUUUUCUCUAAACGGUCACGUAUAAAAUAAAAUAUUAAUGCAAAUUAAUAUGGUUAACUAAACUACAGCAAGUUAACGGAGGUAAUAAUUAUGCCAUAAAUGGUGUAUAAUACCUAUACCUAGUAUGGAACGAUAUUAGUAUGAGUCAUCACACUAAAAUUGAAUAUGAACACGAAAAUUUACUUUAUAUAUUAUAAUACUUUCCAGUCUAGCCACUAUUUAACCCCUCCGGAUAUUCCAUCUGUUAGGUAGGUAAGUGGUUCUCGUGUAGAUUCCUCACCCUGAUUAAAUUACUCCGGAGGCUUGUCUAUACUGCAAGUUAUCGGUUGUAAAAUACAUAUUCCCGGUAUAAAACCUUGACACUGUAAUAAUAUUAUUGUAGUAUAUUCCAUAUAAUUACGUUACAACUUAUAAUUAGUAUUAACUCGACAAUAAUAUUUAUUGCGUACCUAUAUUAUAUAGAACUUUUACUGGACGACUUGCAGUCAACUCUUCCACGUAAAAAUCAUGGACUCGGCAACACGUCGUCUACCGGGUACAGAGAAGUUACUAAAAGCACAUCGAGAACGAUCGGUAACGGUCAAACGGAAACCAAUAAAGAAUAUGAAAUCCAAUAUCUCAAUCCCUCCAACAAGUCUACUGUGCUUAGUGAACGAUUGCCCGAUCUCCAAUCGGUCGACUUGCUGGUCUGUGUCAAUAAUCAUAUAUCUAAAUAUAUAUUAUAUGUUAUCGUUGUUUUCUGCAACUUUUUGUAACUUAAUAUAUUAAAAUUUCAGCGACAGACAAACAAUGGAAAAAAUGCAGGUUAUGAAACGGUAUCGUCGUACCAGUAUAAGAAAUCGUCAGAAAGUACGGAUACCUAGUCGUUAUCAUUGUUUCCGUUUAAAACGGCGUUUGUAACGGUAUAAUAUAUUAUUUUUAGGUAAAGGCACAUUGCCCAGACACGAAACAAACGGUGUAAACAUGAGGCAAAGCAUUUCUGAACUCGAUUCAUUAUUAGACGAUUUGAAUCAUGCUCAGAGAGUAGGGUUUUCCAAUUCAGGAGUUAACAGACAUGAAAUAACAACUACCGAGACAAACAUGUAAGUUUAUUGUAGGCAAUACUUUGUGUAGUACGAAUUAGUACGUUUAAUUGAUUACGAAGGGGUAAAAACUUAAACGCAUACUACACAUUGCUAUGACAUAUUAUGAUACUCAACAUUUUAAAUUGUCCACAGUGAACCAUUGAGGAGCAGUACACCAUACAAACAAUAUGGAAAACAAGAAGAACAUAGAUAUGGAAGUCUUAAUAGGUCCACAGUACCUGCAAGAACGACAGAAAUGAUUUCCACUUACGAAACGACAAAAACAAACGGAGAACCCAUAGGUUAAUAGCAGUUUUCAUUUAAAAAAAUCAUAAUAUUUUACGAAUACCUAAAAACCUAUGUUACUUGUAAAUAUUUUCGUUAAUAGAUUUGGUUGACGCGCCACGCAGUUACACUAAACUGCUUCAAAAUCAAUCGCCUGGGACUUAUCAGACCUCUGUAUAUUCGAAAGAAACUACGAAAAAAAUUAUACCGGGUACAACAACUUAUUCGACUUACCAAAAAUUUGGUUCACCCACCACAGAUCCAGGUCAAUCUAAGGUGUACAAUUAUUCAGAAGAAUACCGUACUGAAAACAGAAACCGUUCGUUGAGAGAUUUGCCACCUUCGCCCCGUUCACAUAGAUCUUCGUCACCGCGUUCACCGUCUCCACAUCGUUCACCGUCACCAGUUUCUUUUGCUCAACCACCAGAACCUAGAAAUUACUCAUCAAGCAGUCACUCUUAUACAAGUAAGAACUUGUCUCCUCAGCCGGUCCAGAAAUUCAGCCCGUCUGAUCCAAGCAGAAUUAAGUAAGUUAUUGAUUAUAAUAUAUCAUCUAUAGUACCUGUUUUCCAUAAAAUAUCAUUUCGAGAGAUUGUAAUGCGUGUGUGUAUGUCACAGCGAAGAGGUAACCUGGGUCGCCAAUGCCACGCCCCCCGUAACUCGUCGUUUCCCUGUGAGGUUAGUAAGCGUUUAUGGAGGUUAAUAUUGUGAUCGUACCUGAGGUUCAUGAUUGUGUUCAGGGAAUGUGACGUGAACUUAUUUUUGAAUAAAACUCAUUAACUUAUUAUAAACAUGUAUUCGCGGUGUUUUAUUACAGUUUGGACAAUACUUUUUCUACUCCGCCCGGCCAAACAGUUUACACGUAUAAGUAUUCGACCGAAACACGAGAGAACACUAAGUACAACGGACAACCAAAUGGGUACACAAAACCUGUGUACCAAGAUCAGUUACCAUUACGUCAAUCGCCGUUCCCAAGGGAAGACGCUGAUUCGCCUUCUCAACAAAAUCCACCAAAACGGUUGGAUGAUUUGAUGGCGUCGUUUGGCGAUAGAACGGAUUAUUCAACUUACCACAGUAGUAGAGAACAUCACACAAACGUCAACGACUAUCAAUCACAAUCUAAAGACUAUGGAAAUAGUAAUAGGGGUCCAGUAGAGUAUACAGUUCCGAUUAAAAAGCCACAUCCCGAAAAUCAGGUACCCGAGAAUAGAGGUCCAGGUAAACUGCAAACAGAAAUUAAAGAAACUGAAGUGACACAGUCGGUUGCUGGACCACCAGUUUUCUAUCCACCUGGAUCAACAACGUUUGUGAAAAAAGAAGAAGUAAUGCAACAGGUAUAAAUAUUUGUAUAACUUGUAGUGAAAGUUAAUAAAUACCUACCUAUUAACUUAAUCGUUCAAAAUGUUUGCUCUACAGCAAGGUGGUCAUGGUCAUGGGCAAAUGAAGGCUAAGGGUAAAGGAAUGUAUAAAUACAAAAGCAAGAGCAAGUCAAAAGAAAGCUCAAGUUCUGGAGCAACAAUGGUACCAGUAUGUUUGCCAAUGUGUUGUGCCAUGCCAUGUGUAAUCAUGUAA